AUGUCUAACUGGAAGGAUUUAUUUACCAACCGCGAUCGACGGUUCUUCCCGGAGGUCGUCGUCCCGCUUGCUCGCGAUCCCCUGUCUGUGACCAUGGAAACUUCCGAGAAAAGCGGCAAAGACCCUCUCGAUGGUUCUGGAUCCAAUUCUAGUCUGAACCACGGCUCGAUUCAAGAAAAGGGCGUGGCCAGUGUGCCUGCCAUUACCACAUUGACUUACGAAACGCUCCGAGCAGAAGUUGAAUCCGGCAUCGUUGCUUCGGGUCAUGACACGAUCUAUGACCGCAAAGCGAAGAUUAUCAACAGAGCCAUCCUGGACAUUGGAAUGGGCCGUUACCAAUGGAGCCUGUUCAUUCUCUGUGGGUUUGGCUGGGUUGCCGACAACCUCUGGUUGCAGGGUGUUGCUCUCACCUUGACUCCUCUCAGUCAGGAAUUCGGGAUUUCAACCACCGAUUCUCGGUUUGCAACAUGUGCGCUCUUCGUUGGUCUGAUUGUUGGUGCCUCUUUCUGGGGUAUCGCUUCUGAUGCUAUCGGACGACGUCCCGCCUUCAACUGUACUCUCUUCCUCUGUGGUGCCUUUGGUCUCGCUGCUGGCGGCGGGUCCAGCUGGGUCGGAGUUUGUGCCUUGUAUGCCUGUCUGGGUGUGGGUGUUGGCGGCAGCUUGCCUGUCGAUGCAGCUGUUUUCUGCGAGUGCCUGCCUCCCGGCUCGGGGAGUAUACUAAGUGGAUUGGCGACGUGGUGGUCGGUCGGGACUCUGAUUGCCAGUAUGCUUGCCUGGGCUUUCAUUCCCAACUUUUCAUGCGACCCCAAUGGGCCCUGCACCAAGGCCGAUAACUGGGGCUGGAGAUACCUGGUCCUCUCUCUCGGCGCCAUUACCUUCGCCAUGUUCCUGUGCCGCUUCUUGCUAUUCACCUUCUACGAGUCCCCGAAGUUUCUCGUCUCUCGAGGCCGUCAGGACGAGGCGGUUGCUGCCGUCCAAGGAAUCGCCCACAAGAAUAGGACCACCACCUGGCUCACGGAAGAGGUCCUCAACGAGAUCGGUGGCUACCCCGAAGAAGACCAGCCCAAAUCCAUGUCUACCAUCGACAUCAUUAAGCGAUCGCUUGAGCGAUUCUCGUACCAGCAAGUGGCUCCGCUUUUCGCGACCAAGCGCCUUGGUAUCUCCACUCUCCUGAUUUGGUUCUGCUGGACUUGCAUUGGAAUGGGUUACACCCUGUUCAACGCCUUCCUGCCCCAAUACCUCGGCGCCGACUCUUCGACCUACGUGACCUACCGUAACUAUGCCAUCACCGCAGUGUGUGGUAUUCCAGGCCCGCUUCUCUCCUGGGUGCUGGUCGACAUCCCUUACGUUGGCCGCAAGGGCACCAUGGCCGCGUCGACCUGUAUCACCGGUGUUCUGUUGUACUGCUUCACUGCGACCAAGGACCCGAACGUCCAGCUGGUGUGUUCGUCUUUGGAAUCGUUCUUCCAGAUGAUGAUGUACGGUGUUUUGUACGCCUACACGCCCGAGGUCUUCCCUGCUCCGAAUCGCGGCACUGCCAGUGGCAUUGCCAGUUGCUUGAACCGUAUUGCUGGUCUUAUGGCGCCGAUCAUCGGUAUCUAUGCCAGUAGCAACCCCGUCGCUCCUAUCUAUGCGGCUGGUGCGCUUCUCUUGGCUUCUUUCUUGGCGAUGAUUUUCUUGCCGAUUGAGACUCGGGGCAAACAAAUUGUGUGA